GCAUGAGAUGUCAAUAGCAUCCUCCUCAUCUGCCAGACACUUCGACCAACCUCAUCCUUCUUGUUCUUGUAGUACAGUACUGGCCAUGAUCUUGUGUACUGCGCCGACCACCCAAUCUUGUUGUCUAGCAUAAUGGAUUCCCCUUUGACCCAGCAAAGUAGACCGGAAACCUUCAAACCGAAGAUCGUGCAACUAUACGAGAACCUAUUCCAGACCACAGACUAUGCGGAACCCUCGGAAGGGUUUUGGCGAGAAUUCUUUCUGCUGCCACCGGAUCGGAGCCAGCUCAAUGCACUCCUGAACCAGCUCAGUCCUGAUGAAACUCUUAACCUACAGGUUCAAACCCAGCAGCUCUUCACACGUGCUAUACGCGAAGCUGCUUCGGGAUCCAGCCCCGUAGAUUCUUAUGCUCUUGAGACCUUGACGGUCUUUCUAGCCUGUGUAUUGAAGAAAAAAUACACCAAUCCCAGCUCCGAUGUUAUCACCAUUCUUGCCGGUCUCGACCAUGUUGACCAUGCAAUUUUCGAAUUUGUCGCUGUUCUGGAUGGCAUCAUUCGGAGUGGCAAAACCUAUGGCUUACGACUACAAGCGAUCAGAACUGCUAUUGCAAUGACUGCUGGCGCAUACAAGACCAGCCUAGUCUCGUAUCUCACAAAUCGCGACCUGUUCCCUUCAAUCAUGAAGUUUGUCCAAGAAUCUGUCACGCCCUUGCAAGUAUUCGAGCCGUUUCUUCUUCUCGGUUUGUUGGCAAACUACAACAAAUUUGAGAUGCAGAAUCCGUAUCAAUUGCGACUCGAUGACUUUGUGAACGAAGCAAGCAUCCAGAAGAUUGCUAGGGGAGUUGGUAGUUCCUGUGGCGGCCUCAGAAAUGGAUACAUUGCCGUACAGGAUGACUCUCCAGAAGGUUGGACGUUGAUCAGCACCUUGAUGUAUUUCGGUUUGGGCGCUCUUGCUUCUGGUAAGAAGGAUCGGCCGAGCCCUCCGACUGCUGAGGAAGCGAAGGAAAUGUUUGCAUCCCUUCCAGCGCAACAAGCAGCCAUUCUCUUAGCUACAUACGAUUUCAUCAAUGCUAACAAACUGUUCGGGCUCCAUCUCAUCAGCUUGGCCCCAGAGAAGGACAGUAUGGAAUCCCCAUUUGCGUCAUUCCUCUCUUUAUCCUCUUAUAUCCUGCAGCAUGCCUAUCGAUCCCCAAGAGCCGCACACUACGCAGAACUCAACCUCCUUACUCUCCGCAUCAUCUCUGAAGAUAACGCCCUCUGCAAACAGCUCUGCAGCGACGAGAGCAAGCGCAAAAUUCGACUGUGUCGCCAGAAGCAACCCUAUUUGCCCCUAAUCACUGGCGAGCGGGUCCCAAUAACAGCCAUCUUCGAUAUCCUGAUAGAUACCCUCACUCACAACCUUCGACGUCGCCUCGACGUCAACCUUUACAGCCACUGCAUCGCCAUUCUUCUUCGCCUUCUCACCUACCUUUCCAAGAACAAGAUCCGCCUCGCCUACCACUGGUCGGAACUCUGGCGCACCCUUCUCUCUCUGGUGCGCUUCUUGACCACCUACGUUUCCGACCUCAUCACCAACACUCCGCACAUUCACACCCUCACCACCUCCCUGGUCAAUUUGAUUGCCUUCUGCGUCUCCGCGGGGGACACCUUUCUUCCGGACCCGUCCUCCUACGACGACCUCUUCUACAAACUCGUGGAGACCGGCCCUAUCAUGGCCAGAUUUCGCGACGUAUACGCCUUCAAGAUCAGCAGCAGCAGCAUUCCCAGCAAUACCAGCCCUUCCUUGGCGGUAGGGGUGGACCACAUCCCCAAAGCGAAUCCUACCGUGCCAUCCGGCGCCGAUGUCCACGUCACCGCGAUUGAGACCUUGAUCUCCGUCUCCACGCACUUCCACACCCUCCUGUUUGUCCCGAGUAAGGGCGACGAGGCUGCUGCUGCUGACGGUGAAGCCCCCGCGCCAGUGUCUGCAAAUAUGAAGAAAAAUCUCAGUCCGCGGGAGGUGCAUCGGAUCAUCAAACAGGGAUAUGAGACGUUGAGCAUUCCGCCGUUGGAGGGUCUCAGUUCGUGGCAGAAGUUCCGUGAGACCGACUGGAAGGUGGAGUUAAAGCGGGCGGCGCGAUGCGCCGUGGAUGAUGCCAGGCAAUUGGUUGCGUAGGCGGUGUGUUUAUGGUGUGUCAUAUGUGUUCCAAAAACGAAUCAUAAUGUGUGUGAGACAAGAAGUACGGCCAAGGUGGAGAAGAGGUUUCUCUCGUCAUAAAGCACUGGGUAUCUGUUCAAGAGCUUAUGGAGGUGUCCUUCCAGUCGGUGCGAGCUGUAUACGUGCAUGGUGCGCUUGUUAGGUUAAGACUCUACGUGUUACUGUCAGUCCGCAAAUAUCACGUCUAUUUGACUAGCUUAUUGCGCAAGAGGGAACAUGCUGUCGCUCAAGCUUGGAUGUUUUGGACUCUCAUCAAUUUAUAUCCUUUUAAUGUUACAGUGAUAGCAUUAUCCAUAGCGUGCGUUAAGGCACCACAA